AUGAAAGAUACGCCACGACAAGUUCCGACUGUGGUUCGGUGGCAACCUCCAAAAUCAGGACGAUGGAAGCUUAAUGUGGAUGGUAGCUAUUAUUCACAUACAGAACUUGCUGCCAUUGGCGGUGUGGUUCGGGACUCCCAAGCAACAUGGGUUUAUGGUUUCGCUCACAAUAUUGGCCGGUGCUCUAUUUUAUCUGCAGAGUUGAGAGCAAUAAGAGAUGGUUUAUCUUUAGUUUGGAGGCUUGGAAUUAGAAGAAUUGAAGUUGAGACGGAUUCACAAGCAGCGAUACUAUUGAUACGCGGAAAUGCCCCUUCAACCCACCCAGACUGGGUAUUGAUAGAUGAUUGUCGUAGUCUUCUGACAAAUAAUUGGGAGGCUACGAUUUCUUUUGUGCCAAGAGGAGCUAAUUCUGUUGCCGAUUGCCUAGCUAAACUAGGACACCAAUUAGGGCACUCCGAGGAAUGCUGGGAUACUGCCCCCCCCCCCGAGUGUGGAGUUAUAUUUGCGCCAAGAUAA